CUUCUUUUCCUAUCUAGGUGAAUCCAGGAUCUAGCUUCCAAAAUGUGGCGGCUCUUGGCCACCCUCAGCUGCCUGGCAGUGCUGACCAGUGCUCGGAGCAGGCUCAGUUUCCAGCCCCUGUCAGAUGAGCUGGUCAACUAUGUUAAUAAGCGGAACGGCACAUGGAAGGCUGGACACAACUUCCGCAAUGUGGACAUGAGCUACGUGAGGACUCUGUGUGGCACCAAACUGGGUGGACCCAAGCUGCCCCAGAAAGCUUUGUUUGCUGAGGACAUAGAUCUGCCUGAAAACUUCGAUGCCCGGGAACAGUGGCCAGAUUGCCCAACCAUCAAGGAGAUCAGAGACCAGGGUUCCUGUGGCUCCUGCUGGGCAUUUGGAGCUGUGGAAGCCAUUUCUGACCGGAUCUGCAUCCUCACCAAUGGGCAUGUCAGUGUGGAGGUGUCUGCGGAGGACCUGCUUACCUGCUGUGGCUUCCAGUGUGGGGACGGCUGUAAUGGGGGCUUUCCUUCUGGCGCUUGGAACUUCUGGACAAAGAAAGGCCUGGUUUCUGGUGGUCUCUAUGACUCCCAUGUAGGUUGCAGACCCUACUCCAUCCCUCCCUGUGAGCACCACGUGAAUGGCUCUCGGCCCUCAUGCACAGGGGAGAGGGGGGACACCCCCAAGUGCAGCAAGAUCUGCGAGCCGGGCUAUACCCCAUCCUACAAAGAAGACAAACACUUUGGAUGCCAGUCCUACAGCGUCCCCAGUAGUGAGAAGGAGAUCAUGGCAGAGAUCUUCAAAAAUGGCCCAGUGGAGGCAGCCUUCGCCGUGUAUUCGGACUUCCUGAUGUACAAGUCUGGUGUAUACCAACAUGUCACUGGAGAAAUGGUGGGAGGCCAUGCAGUCCGCAUCCUGGGCUGGGGAGUGGAGAAUGACACCCCCUACUGGCUGGUUGGCAACUCGUGGAACACCGACUGGGGUGACAAUGGCUUCUUUAAAAUCCUCAGAGGACAGGAUCACUGUGGAAUUGAAUCGGAAAUCGUGGCUGGACUCCCAUGCACUGAGCAGUACUUGAGAAGGAUCUAACCUGCUGUGGGCCCUUCCAGCCAGCUCUGGGGCAGUAUUUCCCUAAAUAUAGCCAGUGGGGCUGGGGAUGAGAUGAGGGAUAGGAAUGCCUCUUAUUCUUUGAGUUCACAUGGAUGUUUGACAAGGCCUGAAGGACUGGAUUGGGACAAACCUCGUGUCUACUGAGAGCUGUCUUCCAAGGAGACACAUCCAAGGCCUGGCUACCUCCCAGCCCAUUCAGUGGACUGUUGUCACAGUGCACUUAGGCCACAUAAGCCACUGCUACAAGCAAAGCAAGUCUUUCCCCUUAGACUAGUGCUGCACCAGCGCUUGCUGCAACCACCUCCACGUCCUUCCUCCUUCCCCAUCUGUGCAUCAACAGGGAGCACGACAGACCUAAAGGGCUUGUAGAUUUCCCAAAGGAAUGAAAGGUGGAUUUCCUAACAAGAUAGCUUCCCACCCAUCGGCAGUACCUCCAAGCAAGUAGUUCUCUAGAUUUAGAAAUAGGUUGAAAAGAGAAAUAGUGGGGCAGCCCUUUGGAAAAAGUCACUCUCCCGGGGCCCUUGCAUCUGUUGAGCUUUGCAGUGUUGCUAAUCUGCUCUGAUCUCGUUCUUGGCAUGAUUCUUUUUAAAUAGAAGUUUUAUUUUUUGUGCACCUCAGCUGAUCAUGAGAAUGAGAGUAAUAGUUGGAAGAGCUGUACUAGUUUUACCAACUGUCUCCUUAAAACAAAAUGGGGUGGUCUUGAUUUGAACUGCUGACCUCUAAUACAGCAGUGAAAGUAGUUUGGAAGAAACCAGCUUUUAUUGUUUAGAAAUCACUGCUGCACCCUAUUAAAUUUAACAAGGAAUGACUGUGCCAAUAAAAGGUUUCUCUUCCAAUGUAAAGUCUGUGUUCUGGCAGGAUCUCCAAGACCAUUUGUCACUGUCUGUAGACUUGUGGCUGUUGUCUGUCCUUAUGCCCCAGAACGAAUCAUGGUCUUGUGGACCUGGGUGCUCUUUAAAUUCUAACCAGAGCUAUUGUGCUUCAUUUGGGGGGGGGAAGGGGGAACAAAGUAAAUACCUAAUUUUAGCUUCUCACUGCUCCAGCAUCCUUUCAAACCACGGCUUCUAUCUCUUAGUUCCCUGUCACUCUCAUCAACCCUUCUCAGUAAAUGGAUCCCCAAAAUGUGACCCAAGCCUUCACAAGCAGUAAGAAAAUAGUCGUAUUCGAAUUUUUUUUUUUUUUUUGAGCAGCAACCGAAGGAUUCAUAUAGGCGUGGUGAUUGUUGGUGUCAGAGCCCUGGUGUCCUGCUGGAUGACCAGCUUUCCCUGGCACCCUCCAGUGCUGGAGUAGGGUGGAGGCAGAGCCUGUAUGUGCUAUUUUGAGAGUUCCCUGUGACUUCAGUUUACUGCUGGUUAAGAAUGAUUCCUUUGGAUAGGCCUAGUUAAGAAUCAGUUGUAAGCCACAAGGUACACCAGUUCUUGAGGGAACAGAGGAAAUGUGAAAAAUUGGCACCCAUCCCACUGGCCUGUUGAUAUCAGUUAUUCCUCUUCCCCAACUGAGAGUUGGACUAGUUCUUCCCAAAAUCCUGGAAAGUUUGACUUCUGAUGUGACUCAGAAGAAUCAGACGUUCCUAAAAUAAGCUUUUAAACACCCAGUGAACAUUGUAGGAAAAAUUUGUGAAACUCAUCAUAGCAUUUAUGAAGUGUUUACCAAAGCUACAAAUUUGUAACAUUUUAUUCUUAACAUUUCAAUUAGAAUAUACACAUAACCCCAGUGAAGUUAUUCUCCCUACUCCCAGACUAAGUUGAGUAAUUCCAUUUCCACACACUUUCUCCUACUUCCACCAUGUCCCCUCGCCUACCAUCCAUCCUCACCCCGGAAGCCAGCAGGGAUGUGCUAAGUGAUGUAACUAAAUAAGUGAAUUGCAGGUCAUCUUCACACUUGGCUUAAGGAGUCUUUGUUAGAAAAAAAUAAAAGAAUUUUAUAAUUGG